GCCACAGAGUCCCUGUUGGGCUAAAACUAAAAAGAAAAGCUCCGAUUCAAAAGUUAUUGAGGGUUUCACUAUAGAGAGGGCGAGGGCUAGAGCGACGCAUUUGCCCGUCAUAGCUGUCCAUUGUUACCGGAAGUAAUGCCACCGGAAGUGUUGGCCGUGUGGGCCUCUAAAUUUAUCUCUUCAGUUGACUAGGCGGCUGUUCCAUCAUAGACACGUGAAGGCCUAGAGCGGCGCCGCUGUGCGUCGAUAGGAGAUAUAUAAAUAUAUUUCUGUGGGAAUCGCGGCCUAUGAUGGAUAUCCGGGGUUUUUGUUAACCAUAGAGGUCUCCCGGAAGGAGAGCCUUCGCAUCGGUUUUCAAUUUCUAUGGCGCGCCGGUUCCUUCUCCCGUUUCCUUCUGGUCGUGGGAGGAAGUCUCGCGCGAGUAAGCGGCAGCCAAUCGGAGCAUGGCGUCAAGACAAGGCGCGCUAUGGAAGGCGGCCAUCUUAACUAAAGGCAACGUGUCUUUUGCAGUAGCAGCAAAGGCUGGUUGUACUUCCGCCUUUGCUUGUAUGUUUUGACUUCCGGUGCCAAUUUGGCUCUCACCGUCCUUUAGCUACAGCUCAGUGAUUUCAUGGAGACUGGACCGAGCCCUCCUCCUAAAGCCCGUCCCCGAAAAAAGAGGAAGAAAGCAGUCUGGGGGACCCAACGAAAGCGCCCCAAAGCACCCUCCGCUGACCCGGAAGUCUUUCACUGCAACGUCUGUGGGAAGGACAUCAAGUACCAGGCGAGCUUCCGUGAGCACCAGCGCAUCCACACAGGGGAGCGUCCCUACAAGUGCAAGUGCUGCGCCAAGACCUUCACCCGCUGUGCCGACCUCAUCAAGCACGGCCUGGUGCACUCAGCCAAGCGGCCGUACCGCUGCAAGGUCUGCGGGAAGCGGUUCAAGCUUCAGGCCGACCUGGAUAAGCAUGGCAAGGUGCACUCGGACGAGGCGCCCUUUGCCUGCCACCUGUGCCCCAAGCACUUCAAGCGCACCUCUUGCCUGGUCAAACACCUCCGCAUCCACACCCAGGAGAAGCCCUUCGCCUGCGCCCACUGCGACCGGCGCUUCAAGUGGGAGGCCUCCGUUAAGGAGCACGAGCGGGUCCACACGGGCGAGCGCCCCCACUGCUGCGACCAGUGCUCCAAAACCUUCACCCACCGCUCCACCUUCCUCCAGCACCAACGCACCCACCAGUCAUACCCAGCCUUCAGUUGCAAGCACUGCACCAAGGCUUUCAACCACAAGUCCAACCUCCUGAAGCACAUCCGUGUCGUGCACCAACGCUAGGGCAUGGCAAAGCUGCUCGGACCCAAACGCGGGAGACUCCCACUACCACCGCCCCCCUUCUUGCUCGGGAAGACCUUGCUGAGAGGUUCCCUUUGUAGCUGUGAUGCUGUUCCUGUUCGAUAUAGGCCAAGAGCAGGAGGAACUGUGGGGAAAUUGGCUCUCUGGUGUAGGUCCUGCAGGCGAGCUGGUGAGGACCUUUGGCUCUACAGAUGUUGCUGGACUCUCUGUAACUCCCUAACCCUCAUCAUCCCCAGUUGGCGUGGUCAAGGAUGAUAGGCGUUGUGGUCUGGCAGCGUUUGGAGGGCCAUGGGUUCCCCCUGCCCUGCCCUAUGGACAGAACGGAUGAGAGUCGGUUGUAAAAUGUUUUCACCUUCCAUCUUGGCUGCUAGCCAAGAUGGCUAUGCUCUGCCUCUAUAGUCGAGGAGGCACGCCUCUGAAUAUCUGUUGCUAGGGGGGACAGUUGCCCUUGCGCUCAGGUCUGGCUUGUAGGCUUCACACAGGCAUCUGGCUGGCCACUGUGAAAACAGGAUGCUGGAUGGGCCACUGGCCUGACCCGGCAGGGCUCAUCUUAACAUCUUAUCUAGUCAAUAUUGGAGGCAGGAGCAAGCAUGGGGAGGGAAAAAUUGUUAUCCAGAGCCGGAUAUAGAUCAGGACCGACUGGUUUUUGUCUUGAUGACUCCCUCCCCCCAAACAAUUCAGUCAGCAAGGGUUUCUGAUUCCUGACACUACAGUAGAUGGAUUGAUGGGGGAAAUCUCUGGCAUAAAAGAGACAAAAUAAUGAGUUGUUACGUUGCCCAGACAGUCUGAAAUUCUCUGUGGGGAAAGAGCGUCGGACCACACUUGCCAAAAAUCACUAGAAAGGCCUUAAACACAGGUGGCUUCUCUCGCCCUUAAGCAGUAAGUCAGUGGAUAUCCAUUUGUGGUUGUUCCUCCCCUCUUCCCUCACCUGCCCACCAUUAAACUUGGGGAGUUUUUGGUAAACCCUAGUGGGUUGCAUUUAAGUCCUCCUCAGAGCAGACCCAUUCAAAUGAACAGAGUUAAAUUAGUUGUGCCUUUUAAUAUCGUAUUGAGUAUGACUAAGGAGGGAUUCAGACCAGUGAGCAGGAUGGAGGAAAUGACUGAAAGCAACAGCACCAGGGUCUAAACUGGCCUCUGCUAAGCUGGUGUUCUCCAGCUGGGUUGGACAACUCCCAUCAGCGCCAACCAGUAGGGAGUGGUGUAUUCUGAGCAGUGACAGAAUCCUAACUGCCUUUAAAAUCUGGGCACAAGCCACAGGCUGAGUGGAUAGUUUUUUGUUUACAUGUGGCAACUGAUGUUUUCUUUAGUGAGCCAAGACACAGGCAGCGGGCUCCUUCUAACCUUCUCCGUCUCCAGGGCUAGCAGUGAGAGAGAGGCCUUGGCAGCACCUGUUGCGCAAGGGGCCAGAGCCUCCCACGUGCAUUUCACAAGCUUUUUGCUUCUGCGUGGAGCAAGAUGCUGAGAUGCGUUGCCACAGCAAGAGCCUCCCCUUGGCUGUCCGCACUGCAGAUCAGGCUUUGAAGAGACCUCUUGGCUCUGUCCUGCCUUGAAACUUGGAGAGAUGUGUAACAGUUUAUGAUGGGUGAUGAAUCUCUGGCCCUCUGGAUGUUGUUGGAUCAAAGCUGCCGUCACUCCUGCCUAUUAAGCUUGCUGGCCAGGGGUACUAGGAGUUGGGAGUCCAGCAACAUCUGAAGGGCCACUGGUUUCCUUUCCCCAAUUUAUGGGGUGGCCCCCCCUCAAGAGCAAGGAAAUGGCUAGAUUUGCCUUUCCCCGCUUGCAAAAAAAUCCAUGUUUCUCUGGGCUAGGUCUAUUUUGCUAUAUCUUAAGACAAUUUUAAACAUUCGGGGGGGGGGGGAAAUGAGCAUGUUUGUGGCUUACAGUCCAAAGUUUAUUUUGAGGGUGAAGCAGUGGGACAUGUUUUGCAAUGAAGACAAUAUUAAGGAACUUUGGAAUGAUUAAACAGAGAUUAAAAAAUUUUGAUGACACAAAUAUAAAUCAAUGUGCUGCUUUGUAACAGCAAGGGAUAGGCUAGGAUGGGAAUCGUAGAUAUGAAUUCAUUCAAUAAAUUUUUGUUUGUUGGAAAUAA